AUGUCGGAAAGUGAAAAUAAGUCGCCGCUUCAGGAUAUCUCAAAAGGAUUAACUGGAUCGAACAAGAUGAUGGAACUUUUCGGAGACAUUUCCAGUUCAGAUUUAGAAAGUGGAAAGUCGCAAACUGAAGAAUUAACAGGUUUGAAAAGACGUCCUGAGUCCGACGAGGUAAAGAACUUUUCCGGUGAUAUUUCCUCCGGCAUUAGUAGUUUGGAUGAAGCGACCAAGCCGUCGUUUUCGAACAUUUCCAAGUCGCAGAUAAGAGAGGAGCUAUUUGGCGAAAUUUCGUUCACGCUAAGUAGUUCAAAAUCGGAUGAAACUCGCCAACCGUCGUAUCCGAACAUUUCCAAGUCGCAGAUAAGAGAGACUUUGUUUGGUGAUAUAUCGUUCUCACCAAGUAGUUCGGAGUCGGAUGCAACACACCAACCGUCGUUUCCGAACAUUUCUAAGUCGCAGAGAAGUGCGGAUCAGAUUAAGGAGCUUCUUGGUGAUAUAUCGUUCUCACUAAGUAGUUCGGAGUCGGAUGAAACUACUAAAACGUCGUUUCCGAACAUUUCCAAGUCGCAGAUUUGUUCGGUUCAGAUUAAGAGGCUGUUUGGUGAUAUAUCGUUCUCUCUAAGUAGUUCGGAGUCGGAUGAAAGUCACAAACUUCCGUCUUUGAACAAGUCGAAGAUAACAGAGAAGCUAUUUGGUGAUAUCUCACUAAGUAGGUCAGAGUCGGAUGAAGCCAAUAAAACGUCGUUUCCAAACAAGUCACAGAAUGGUCACGAUGAUUUUUCGCUCUCAUUAAGUAGUUCGGAGUCGGACGACGCCAAUAAGUCCAUUCAUAGCAUCAUCAUAGAGAAACGCAAGGAGCUUCGAGCAUCAAAGGCAUCUAAAUCAAGACCAACGGAAGCUUUCCAAUGGGACAGCCUUUCAGAUGUUGAGUCAAUCACGUUUGUUUCAGAACCACCAUCGCCUCGCCCAUACCAGCUAUUCGGCAAUGUGGACAUCCCAAUUGUAAAAGCCAAACGCAAGAGAGUUAGCUCAAAGCCGCCGGAUCCGGUACUUCGCCGAGAAAGUCAACAAUUUCGCCCGGAUCCCGAGCAAAAUAGGUUCUUGAAGAGUGCAAGGGAUCGCACGUUUGGCAAAUCGACUUAUAGUAAAGAACGAGCAAAAAGGAGAAAGCUCGAGGAUACUAUGGCGGAGCAGAAGAUGUUUGAAAAGUAUUUAAAAAAUAUCAACACCGAAUCGUCCGGAUCUGACCAUGUACCAGAUUUGGAAGGAAGAUGGCGGUCGAGGAGAACAAAACCUACUAUUUAUAGAAAGAUGUGGUUCAGAAAUCUUUUCCAUAAAUAUGACUGA